AUGGAAUGCAAAUUGGUUGAAGACUGUCAACAUAAUACGUCUUUGCCACUGCCAACUGCACGUCAAAAUUAUAGUUUGUAUUUACCGUUGUCUACUCCACCUGAUUCAACACCGAUGACAAGUCCUCUAAUCAGUGAUCCAACAUCUACGGUAACUGAUUCUAAACGGGACACUCCACAAAUUUCACACAACAGACGUGAAACACCGGAAGGAUUUAUCAUGCCACACAAUCCAGAAAUUAGCCCAAAUCAAUUAAAUUUGACAAGUGAAUCAGAGACUUCAUUUUUGUCACUAGUUCCUAAUAAGCUAAUCGAUUUAACAACCCCAACAUCCUCUCACUAUAUACCAGCAGUAAAUAGCAGUGUAAGAAACGCGAAAUCCUCUAUCGAUUUUUUAGCGGAUAUGAAUAAUGAAACUUUAAUGUUAAAUCAAUCAAAAUGCUACACUCCAAUGGUAUUCAUUUCAAAAAAAACAUCGCCAUAUCCGUUGAUGGAAAAAAUUAUUUCUUCCAGUCAAACUAUGGGAUCAUUUGACAGAAAACAACAAGGAGAUAAUUGCGCUCAAUUAGAUGUAAUUUCCGAUAACCAUCAUGUUUUAAAAUGGGAUUAUGCUGGAGAUAUAGCUUCGAAUCAUCAACUAGGUGUUCCAAGAAUUAUUUCACACUCUAGUCUAUCUUGUAAUCCUGUUGAUUAUGUUGAUUAUGGGAAUUAUGAUGUCAAUAUGACAAUGACAUGGCCUACUUCUAGCCCACAUAUUUCUCCAUCUUCUGGAUAUGGUUAUGCGGUUCGUAGGAAAUAUAACUUCAGUACAAGAACUAAUUCUAAUAGAAAUAGGAAUGAAUCAUCAAAGAGAAAAGGAUUUAAUGAAUUCUCUUCAACUACAAUUAAUCAUGGUUCAUUUAUAUCUAGUCCAGAUCCUGAAGAUGAAUUACAUAAUUUACCAUUGAAUAAUUCAAUCGAUCAAAUCAAUCAUUUUAUUCAUCAUCAUCAUCAUCAUCAUCAUCAUCAAUCACCAUUGAAUGAUUUCAAUAUUGAUUUAUUUGAUCAUUUAGAAAGUGAUGAAGAUCAGAUCAAAUCUAAUCACAAUACAAAUAGUAGUGAAUUUAGUUUAAAUGAUGAAAAUUUUUAUCAUAAUAUAGAAAAAUGUAAUUUAAAUAAGAUUCAUAUGAAUAAAAGUCAAUCUGUAAUUGAAUUACAUAAUCAUACGAAUAUGACUAAAAGAACUACUGAAAAGUAUUUCAGUAAUCUAUUACAUAAUAUAGAUCAUUAUAUAAAUGGAUCACAUAUAAUUACAUCUAUGCAUAAUGAUUGGUUUAGAAAUAAAUUAUCUAAACCAUCUAUUCAAACAAUAAAUACAUUGAAAUCAAUCAAUAUCAAUCAUCAAAUGAUUACCAAUAAUGUAAUAAAUAAUAAUAAGAAUAAUGAUGAUAAUAUAAAGGAGAAUAAUGAGCAGGAAAUUUUGGCGAAUUCUUCAGUGCAUAGUAACUGCAGACUUGUGAACGAAUUAAAUGAAAAUAAUAAUAAUAAUAAUAAUAAUAAUAAUAAUAAUAACGACGAAUUACAGUCACCUUUAGAGGAUAAUCAACAUGAUUUAUCUUCAUUACAAACUACAUCUGUAUUGAAUACCACAGAAACUGAUCCUUUUUUACACACAAACAAUAACAUACCUAUUCAAGAAAUUUCAACAGUUCAACCAUCAGCAUGUUCAAAAGACUUCUCUAAACUGCCUUUGAAUGAUUUUAAUGAAUCAGAAGAAAUGUGCUAUAUUGUAGAUGGUGUACUUUCAUCAAUACAAGAUACAAAUAAUUACUCAGCUAUUACAACAGUAACACCAUUAAAUGAAAACCUAUAUUAUCAAAAUGGUUUUGAUGCAGAAUCGGAAGGUUGUAGAAGUAGUGUUAUAAUGGAUGAAAAUUGCGAGAAAGAAAUUUCCCCUAAUGAUUAUGAUGUCUAUAAUGAACUUGAUCAUUUAUUGAUCAAAAAUACUGAUAUAAAAAUCGAUGAAAUUUCCAAAUCAUUGACACCAUCUAUUCGAAAUGAUAAAAUAUCAAUGAUAACAACAACAACAACAGCAAAUGAGAUAAGUAUUUGUAAAAGUAUUCAGAAUGAUAUGUUAAGUACUGAAUGUAAAUUGUUAUCUAACGUUUAUCCUACAAUCUUCUCUACUGGGAUGGAAUUAGUUACUCACUAUACUACUCAUAAUACACCAUAUAUACAAUAUGCUGCAUCUAAAAUUAAAUCAAACAAUCUGCCUGAAUAUAUACCUUCACAAUAUAGCAAUUUAUCUAUGAAUGGAUAUCAAACAUAUCAUUCCAAUCAUGUAAUACAAAAUAUACCAACCUGUGUCACUGUAUUCAGUCAAACUGACACAACUUCAAUGAAACAAGAACAUUGUCUUUCAUUAAAUUCUGUUGAAAAUAAAGUUCCCCAAAAUAAAUUUAAUGAAACUGAGAUAGUCAGUAGAGAAAAUAAUGGUAUACAUAGAACGUCCCAUAUACCUAAGACUUCUACGAGGCAAACUAUUGAUUUAUCUUCUUUGAAUUUGAAUAAACAAAGCAAAGAUUUAUCUUCAAUAUACCACCAUCAUAUUAGAUCAACUGUUACAUCAUCAUGUAAUACAGGAAUUACUUCUUGUACAUUAAUAAGUCAAAAUAUGAAAGUUCAACAUAAUGAAAAUGAUCAUUUAACAUGUAAACAUUAUCUAUUUAAAGAUAAUUUUCAAUCAAAUUCAGUUAUAUUAAGUCCUAUCUGUACUAGUCAACCUAUAACAGAUCAUCGAAUAGUUCAAAAUGAUGUUAAUGUAUACAAAAUGAAAUGUGUUCCUACACAUUUAUGCAAUCAUUCAGAAGAUAAUGUUAAGAAGUUCGAUACUAAGUUAGUUCAGACCACUGAUUUAAGCGAUGAAAAUACGUGUCCAUGUUAUCAUACCUAUAGAAUCCAACCUAAUACAGUUAAUUAUUCAAGAAUAAAAACAUCCACAAUUAAUCCUGAAUGGGUUGAACAACUACUUACUCAUAAUACAAUGCUUAACAACAAUAAGAAAUCUUCUCAAGAAAAUAAGAAACAUGAUAUUACACAAUCUAUUUGUAUGACACCAAGAUCAACUCUUAUAGCUCAAUUGAGAUAUAUAUUAUUAAAACAAAAACUUAAAUUAUUACAUACACGAGAUGCUUAUUAUUUAAGAAGGCGUAUUGUAAAUCAUCUUGAAAAGUUUUUAAAUCAAAUAGUUUCAUCAAAUACAUUACCUUUAUCAAAUUCUGUACCAGAUGAUUGGGAUACAGAUACCGAAUCUUUAUUAUCGGAUUUAUUCGAAAAAGAUAUCGAUCCUAUAUCAAAUGAGUUAAAUACUGGAAGUAGUCCGAAACUAAAAUCAUCAACACAAAAAUGUAAAUUAUUAACUAAUGAACAUGAAGACAAUGAACAAAUUAAUAAGAAAAUGUUAAACAAAGGAUCAUCAUCUUCAUAUGAUAGAGAAAUAUCUAAUAGAAAUGCUCACUUUGAGGAAGCUCAAAAAGAUGUUCAACAGUCUGAUAACCCAAGCAACAUACAAAAAGUGUCAAGUAUUUCAGUUGUAGAUAAGAAUGGAUGUAAAGAUAAUGAUAAACAAUUCACUGAUAUUAAGAAGCAAUCAGAGAAUCAAUUAAGUAAAAUGGAUAUGACUGUACGUGUCAAUCAACCUUCAUCUUUAUCAAUAUGUAAGAAUUUGAACGAAACAUUAUCAAGGUUCAUCCAUCGUGAUCAUCAUGCUAAAAAUGAAAAGUCACUCAAUGAUCAUUUUUCAUUAAAUACCAACAUUCGAUUAUAUCCGUCCUCAGAAAAUAUAGUGAAUGGCAUAUGUGCAGCAUUAGGUGGUAUAUCUUGGUUUCAACCUUUCAAUGAUAAUUAUAUAAAUAAAGGAAAACACCAAUCAAUAAGAAAUCAUUCAGUGAUCAGACAUACCAAAUUAAAUGAUCAUUUUGAUUUGAAACAUAAUCUAAAAUCAUCUAAUGAAUUUCAUUUGAAUAAUAAAAGUUUACAUAUUUUAAACAAACCUAACAAUGUACAUACAUCUAAGAUCUCAUAUUGUAUGCCAACUAAUAAUAAAGAUCUAAAAAGUGAUCAUAAUGAAAUGAAUGAUAUGUGUUCAUGUCAAUGUUAUAUAGAAGAAUCUCCUGAUAUAAUAAGUGACAAGAAUCAAGAACAAACUAUAACAUCGGAAUCGAUUGUAGAUAUGCAACCUCACCAUAUGGAGAAUAUAACACUACAUACUGUGGAAAAUUUGGCUUACGAAGGGAAAGCCAGUAACUUGUCAAAUCCGAAAAUAACUUAUGAAAUUAGCGAUAAUCCGGAUGGUUGUACAGAUAUUCAGGAUAUAUUUCGAAAAAAAAUGUCAUCAUGGAUAUCACGAAGUGAAGAACGUCAAAGACGUUUACGUUUUCUUAUUCAGGAACGUCACUAUCGAAAAGAAGGAGAUAUGAAGCGAGCUGAAGUCUUACAUUCAGCUGUAUCAAAUAAUUUUUCAAAACGACCAUCUAUAUCUCACUUGAAUCAGUCAUGUAAUAAUCACUUUGGUAACGGAAUUCAUUCAAAUGGUGAUAGUGAACUUCGUUGCCUUGAUCAUUCACAUUGUUCAGCUGUUGGAUCCGUACUAACAAACAGAAAUAAUAGUAAUAAUUAUUUUAAGACAGCUAAUUCUGACAAGGUUUUUAAACGUAAUGUCAUAAAAAAUCCCAGUCGAAAAUCUCAAGUUGGUGUUAGAUAUGAUCGAAAACAGUCAAUACAAGAAGAACAUCGACCUAGAUUAUAUCAUAAUUCUAUACAGAAUCAAGUUAAUCAACAAAAAAUUAAAUUGGCUCAAUUACGUGUUAAUCGACUCCGAAUGAAAAUAUACAGUGAAAAAAUUCUACGUUCUGUACUUCAUGGUAAUUCAUCGUCAAUAAUAUUCAAAGAAAUUUAA